AUGCUGGCAAUUCGAAGAGCUCUGCGCAGCCCACUCAGCAUCAGGAAGUUCGCUACUCGCAGGAUCAACUACCAGGUGUCGCUCCCACUCGGAACUCCGGUUGUCAAUCAGACUCUUGACAUCAAGAUUCCUGAUAAUAAAUACUUGGCUACCUACAUUUGGAUCGAUGGAACGGGAGAGAAUUUGCGAGAGAAAACGAGAACACUUGACAAAGAGUCGAAAGUUGCUGAACCAACGAACCAUCGAAGUGCUUGUGCGGAAGUUAUGGAGAAAGUGGACCACUUAAAUCCUUGGUUUGGUAUGGAACAAGAGUACUUACUUUUGGAUCUAGACGGCUAUCCUCUUGGUUGGCCAAAGCACGGUUAUCCAGCUCCGAAAGGACCCUACUAUUGUGGUGUUGGCGCAAACAAGGUGUUUGGUCGGGAAGUUGUUAAUGCACAUUACCGUGCUUGUCUUCACGCCGGAUUAUCCAUUUUUGGAAUCAACGCCGGUAUGAUCUUUUCCUUGUCAUUUAGAGUUAAGUUUGAAGUAACUCCUGGGCAAUGGGAAUUCCAACUCGGAACGUGCAAGGGAAUCACGAUGGGGGAUCAGUUAUGGAUGGCUCGUUAUCUUCUUCAUCGUGUAGCUGAACAGUUUGGUGUAUCUGUUACAUUCCAUCCGAAACCGCAGGCUAUGCCGAAGCUUGCGGCAACACAUCAUGAGUGCAUUCGUCUUUAUGAUCCACACGGUGGAGAAGACAACAAAUACAGGUACUCGUUCUGUGAAGCUGAGUUGAUAUUCACUGUCACCUUAGCUGAUGCAACAUUUCAACUGUAG